CUGUAUUACUAAGGACUCUGAGCACAUACAAGCACUGUUAAUUCAUAGAGGCAUUGACCAACUCAUUCAAGAGGAGCCUGAAGGAAGUUUUGCAGGAACAUUCAAAGCGCAAAGGAGGAAGUAUUUUCUAAUGACAUUUUGUCUCCCUUUCCUCCUGUUUUAUCCACAGAGACAGAACAAUGAGGAAAGCAGCAGUGUUUAUGUUUCUGCUGCUGAGCGCGGCUAUGGAGGUGAGUGGUGCAGCAGAUAAGAAGAAGGGAUCUGAGGCAGAAACUCCCAAACCAGAGGGGAAGGUGAAGGAAAAAAAAGCUGAAACCGCUGACACCGUUCCUGCUAGUGACAUCGGUUCUUCAGCUUUUAAAGGUAAUCUGCUGGUGGUGCCAAUGGACGGGAGUCACUGGAUCGGUGUAAAAGCCAUUGCCCAGGAAAUGGGCCGCCGCGGACACCGUGUUACCGUGGUGAUGCCUGAGAUUUCCAUGCAGAUGGGCCCGGGGAAACACUACAACACUGUGACCUUUCCUGUUCCUUAUGACCAGGCUUACGUAGACUCAGUGAUGGCCAAAAACACAGAAGCACUGGAAAAAUCUGCAGAGUCUUUCAUGCAGCAGGUACAGUCAAAAAUGUCACAGUUUCAGGCCAUCAUGGACGCGAUUCACAUCACUGCAGAGACCCUGCUGUUCAAUGACAGUAUCAUCACACAUCUGGCACAGCAGAAUUUUGAUGCCGUCUUGACAGACCCUAUGGUGCCUACGGGCUCACUAAUAGCUCGGAAAUUAGGUCUCCCCACUGUUAACUUGCUGAGGGGUAUUCCAUGUUCCUUGGAUUUAAAGGCUGCAGGCUGCCCAUCCCCGCCAUCGUACGUGCCUCGCUUUGCCAGUGGAUUGACGGACCGAAUGACCUUCAUGGAGAGAGUUUUCAACAGCUUGAUCGCCCUGUUUGAGCCGCUGCUUUGCCGAUUAAUAUAUCGGCACUUUGACCACCUCGCCCAUCAGUUCCUGGGAGAGAAAGUGAGCAUCGCUGAAGUGCUGUCAGACUCUGAUAUAUGGCUGGUGAGGAUGGACUUCACAUUGGAGUUCCCACACCCUCUCAUGCCUAACAUGGUACAAGUUGGUGGCAUCAACUGCAAAGUUAAAAAUCGUCUUCCUGACGAUUUGGAGUCUUGGGUUUCAGGAGAAAAUGGGUUUAUCGUGUUCACUCUGGGAUCCAUGAUGUCAGAUCUGCCGGAAUCAAUCACCUCUGUCUUCAUGGAGGCCUUCAGGCAAAUUCCACAAAAGGUGGUAUGGAGGUACACUGGGAAGGUUCCUGGCAAAUUACCAGAGAACGUGAGGCUGAUGAAAUGGGUGCCUCAGAAUGAACUACUAGCACAUCCGGGAGCUCGAGCUUUCAUCACUCACGCUGGUUCACAUGGUCUGUUUGAGGGACUGUGUCACACUGUUCCCAUGCUGAUGGUGCCACUUACCGCAGAACAGGCUGACAACGCACACAGGAUGGUGAGCAGAGGAGCAGCAGUCACCUUGGAUAUUACCUCCAUCACGACAGAAAGCCUUCUCAAGGGACUGAACGACGUCAUUCAUGACACCAGGUAUAAAGAGAAUCUGCAAAAGCUGUCCGAUCUUCAUAAUGAUCGGCCAAUCGACCCGCUGGAUCUGUCAGUGUACUGGACAGAGUUUGUGAUGCGACACAAAGGAGCGAAACAUCUCAAAGCUGCCGUCCAUGACCUCAACUUUUUCCAGUACUACUGUCUGGAUGUUAUAGCACUAUUAGUUACUGUCGUGCUGGUUUUUGUAACGCUGACAGUUAAGUGUAUGAAAGUAUGCUUCCGAAGGCUGACCAGGAAGAGGAAGCAAGAGUAACAAGAUUUUAUAAACAACAAUUUGUGUAUCUGCAUAAUUUGUUAAGGGAACUCACAUCAUUAUCAGUAAAAGCUUAAUGCAAAA